AUGUCAGUAGUAACUUGGUUAAAACAAAGAUGGUGUUUAUUGUUACUUAUUCUAAUACCAGUGAUCCUACUUCCAUUACCUAUUAUUAUCAAUAAUUCCACUGGUGUUCUACCUGCGGAAGUCGUCGCACCUCAUUAUUUCAAAGAUAUCAUUGCACUUUUUUUUGGUAGUAUGGCAUUUAGUUAUGCUGUUGAAUUGGUCAACCUUCAUCGACGUAUUGCUCUAUUCGUAUUGAGUCGGGUUGGCACUGCAACUAAAUGACUCUUCCAAUUUCGACCAUCUGAUGAAGCACGUGAAGUUCAAGAUAAUUUGAAAGCAAUGCUAACAAAACAAUAUAGAGAUCUUGGACGACCUAAAUGGAGUGAACUCACUGUAACUGUCAUAUUUGCACUUAUGGUUGUUCUAUGGACAACAAGAGAAUUUUCCGAUACAAUAGGAUGGAGCAUGAUAUUUCAACGCAAAUACGUCAGUGAUAGUACUGUAGCUAUUUUCUGUGGAAUACUUCCAUUAAUUUUACCAGACAGCAAUCCAUUUAAUCGUCAACACGACUGGAGGUACCAGCCUAUAAUGAAAUGGGAUAAUUUAGUGCAGCAUGUUUCAUGGGGAUCAAUAAUCCUACUUGGUGCUGGGCUUGCAAUAGCCACUGCUUUUGAAGUACGUUGA